AUGCAGGAAUACGACCAGAUCCACUAUCCUGUGACGUUUACCAGCCGUACUCUGAAGUCGAAUGAAUUGAAUUACGGCAUCGCGGAGAAGGAGGUACCGGCCCUUCUGAGGAUCCUGGAUCUCAAUUACAAUACGUUGGUCGGACGUCCGAUCCGCGUGUUCACCCGACAUUCAACAUUGGCGUGGCUCUUCAGAUCCACGGCCUUACAAGGACGUUUAGGACAAUGGGCGGCUCUGCUGUCACCUUGGACACUUGAGAUCACCAAGUGUGUCAAAGGAGAGGACGAGAUCUUGGGAGCAUUGGCAGCCAGUAUCACUCCUAGAUCAGAAGUGGAUAUGGCGUUGAUCUCAAUCGCGCCCAAAAAGGAGUCAAGACGUAAGAUCCAAGAUCCGAUCCCCACUAUCGGACGAGAUGAGGAGCUAUAUGUGGUCAGCUUCGAUGGAUCAGCCCGUGUCAAAAGGGGUGGAGGCGCCUACAGCGCGAUCCGGUGGAGGCUACCCGAAUGGAGAGUGGUGAAAGCUAGAUCAGGGUAUGCCGAAGGCUUGACGGUGAAUGAGGGAGAGUACCAUGGGUUGCUACUAUGUCUGGAUCUGUUGGAGGGUCUGGAUCCACAGCGUCUGGUGAUCUGCGGAGACUCAAACCUGGUGAUCCGACACGUACGAGGAGAUAUCGACUGUAAAGCACCAGGUCUGACACUGUUACGUCAGCGAGCCUUGGAUCAAUUAUGUACAUGGCCAGAUCAUGAACUGUUGCACGUUAAACGGGACUGGAAUGGAAGUGCUGACAGCCUAGCAAGUGCUGCUCUACAGCGACAAUGCGGAAUCCAGAUAGGGUUGGAUGAGAUCCUGAUAGUGAAAGUCGAAGAAGAAAUCGUACGGGUAUCAGCGGUGACGACCCGAUCUAAGGCUAGAUCGGGGAGCUACGGAUCGAGCGGAUCCGACAAGGACGAGGAGUCGUGGAUCAUGGGCUUGAAGAAAUACCUAACCGGGGAGAUCCGGGAUCUGACACAAGAAGAGGCUAAAAUGUUCGGAUUCAUUGCCGCUAACUACGACGUGGAUCAGCUGGAGCUACUUUUCUAUUACCCGACAUCUAAACCGCUUCAACAAGAUAUUCUGCACCAUUACCAUACCAGUCUACAGGGCGGUCACCAAGGGGUUGGCCGCACCUAUGACCGGACCCGUGAUCAAUUCCACUGGAGGGGUUUGUAUAAGAGUGUGCAACGAUAUGUGGGAGAAUGCAUUGACUGUGAGACAGGCAAGGGAAAACCUCGGAUCCAGGGCGAGUCGCCUGGUAACCUUCAGGAAACGUACCCAUUUCAGAUCAUCGCCAUGGAUCAUAUACCCUGGCUGCCUAGAUCCUUCAACGGCAAUACCGAAUUGCUGAUCUUUGUGGAUCUAUUCUCGGGAUAU